UCUCAUGAUCCUUAUGUAUCUCUGAAUCCGCGUGGCCUCCAAGAUCAGAAUAGUAUUUCUCCUGGAUCUAUUACUCAACCAACGUGCAAUGAUGCCCAUGGACUGCCAUCGUUACUGCUGAUCUUCCACCGCGAUCCGAUUAUAGUCCCCGCAAACCAAUGGACUCGCAGCCUUCCCCCACUAAGCCUAAAUCCUCUAAGCAAGCCUGCGACAACUGCCGUCGUCGAAAGAUCAAAUGCUCUAGGGAGCUCCCUUGCGACAAGUGCCAGCGUCUCCUGCUCUCCUGCUCCUACAGUGACGUUUUACGACGCAAGGGUCCCAAAUUUCGCACCAUCUAUCCACUUGCGCCCAUUCACCCAUUGGUAUCCCGCCAACAACAAGACGCUUUUCACCAGCACCCGCAGCAGUACCCUCCAGAGAAGCAAUGGACAGCUGAUCCUGUGGCUUAUCCGUUGGCAAGGUCGCCAACGUCGCCACCGUUCACAUUAACGGACUCUCAAUACCUGUCUCAUGAUGUUUUGGAGCCGCUUGCCCAGCUCCCUCCUCCGGAGCUAGUUUCCUCUCCUGACUCGAUGAACUCUCUCUCGGAUUCUACAAUCGGCAUCAUUCGUCCCUAUGCAAGGCGCCUUUCAGCCCCGGUACUCUUAGCUCACGUCAAUGUUUAUCUCAAAUACCUGUUCCCCAUCAUGCCAGUAGUGCGGAGGGAGGAGCUCCAGCGAGACUGCCAUCGACCCGAACUACUUUCAUCGCAGAGGUACGCAUUUCUGGCAUCUCUAUGCGCCGCCACGCAUAUCCAGCUCAAGUUGGACGGAACGACUUCUGUGCCCGAUCCAUCGCAUUUUCCGACUGGGGCCGAAGGCCACUCGAGCAUGUCGGGAGAGGAGUUGCUGGCCGAGGCAGUACGAGCAAGGAAAGACUGCGAUGUAGUGGAAGAUCUCAAUAUGGACAGUCUCCUGACAUCGUUCUUCCUCUUUGCUUCCUACGGCAAUCUAGACAAACAAGACCAUGCUUGGUUCUACCUGUGUCAGGCCACCUCCAUGGUCUUCACGCUAGGUCUCAACCGCGAAUCAACUUACGCUGAGUUGAGUGUCGAAGAAGCCGGAGAGAGGCGGAGAGUCUUCUGGCUGUUAUUUGUGACAGAAAGGGGCUAUGCACUCCAGCAGGCCAAACCGGUCAUGUUACGCAACUCCAUCCACAAACCACAAGUCCUCUGCUCCGAAGACCCGAUCCUCGCCUACGGAUUCAUCAAUCUCAUCAGCAUCUUCGAGAAACUGACCGUCAAUCUCUUCGACUGGAUAUCCGCCGGCGGCGUGGACAGCUCAUCCGAGAUCCCACCCACCUCCGCCAUCCAGUCCAGUCUCUGCAAAACGAUAUCCCUCGAAGGAGUGUCAGAGAUCCAGAAGGUUGAUAUCCUCAUCACCCAACAGUGGCUGCAAGCCAUGAUGUGGAAGCUCUCCAUGACCCGCCCCACCCAACCCGGGUCUCGCGAUGAUGCAGUCCUCCCAUUUCACCUGCCAGUCAUGGUCGGAAGGGCCGUGAUGAGCGUCAUCAGCGCAGCAUCUCAAGAUGCCGUUGAUGCCCACGGCAUCGGCAUGGAACAAAAACUCUUCGACCUAGGCACCGCCGUCGCCGACGUCACACGCUCCCUAAGUACCGGCUCGAAAUCCUCCACCCACCGUCUCACCGACUCCGCCAUCGACCCCCGCGAACUUCUCUGGGGGAUCCUCACCACCCUCUCCCGCAUCCGCGGCUCCCAGUCCCACCUCUUCCCCACGUUACUGGAGCGCUGCAAAGGCGCCCUCGACUUCACCUCCCCACUCUCCAUGGGCGAGUUUCUCGCUCUACCUGCACCACCCCCACCACCGCCGCCGCCGCCGCCACCAUCCAUCAACAACAACAACAGCAACCCCUCCGAAUCGUGGAACGCGGAGACCAGCGGACUCGAGAUCGUCGCCUCGUUGCCGGAAACCCUCAACCUCCAAGAUCAUCACCAAGAUCCCGAUGAUGUCGAUACGCUGUCGCAGAUUCUGUCCCUGGCUUCACAGAUCGAGUAUCAGGCAGGGAAUGGAGGGGCCGGCGGUGGUGAUCGUGGUCAUAAGUGAAACUUCAGAAAUGUGUGUAUUUUCCCUCGGAAUGACUGGGUUGUAUGGCAUGUGGUGAUUCUAACCCGGGUUUGUGCUGGGACUCUUAUACUGUGAUACCACUCCUCUCGGAGUAUACAUAUAUACAUACAAAGGCCUCGAGUAAUGAACAUAAUGAUAUAUGGUUUGUAGGAGAUAUUGAUCUGCGAAAUAGCCUGCAAUGUCAAUAGACUUCAAUCUCGCCGUCAUGAACCGACUCAUUGCUCAAGGCGAUGUGAAAUGGAUAAGAUGACAGACCU